CAUUUUAAAACGCAUCUCUCAUCAUCCUUACCAAGUCUUGCUGUUUGGUAUAUUGAACAGAAAGGGCCGCUAUUGGCCAGAGUGUGGCAGUCGUCGAUAGGUCUGCAAGUGAAACCUCCCCCUUAGACUGUGACAUGGUAGACCAUAAAGCAUGCACUAACCGCUUGUCCUCGUUUAAAUGGAAAUUUGUUCACGGACACGGAAAGCUCUUAGUUUUAGUAGAUCAUUUCCUUGAGACACGGUCGGAAAUCCAAACAGUAAUUAUAUGGAUUACAGUUAUUUUUUAAUCGACACUGGAACACAUCGACCAAACAAUGAGACGGCAAGUACUGUUGUUCAUAUGGGCUCUCUCUCUUACCUCGGUGUUCGGGCAAGUCAGCUACUCCAUUCCCGAGGAAAUGGAGAAAGGGUCAUUAGUCUGUAAUAUAGCUCAGGAUUUAGGUUUAGAUUUCAAUAGGCUGAAAUCGGGUAGAGCUCGUAUUCAUUCGGGAGACAGUGCGGAGUACAUCGAGCUGAACAGAGACAAGGGUGUCCUCCUUAUCAAAGAGAGAAUAGACAGAGAAACGCUGUGUGGAGAAACGACGCCCUGUGCUUUACAUGUACAGAUGAUUUUAGAAAAUCCGAUGGAAUUGUUUCGCAUAACAAUAGAAAUCACAGACCUAAACGAUAAUCCUCCUAGUUUUGCAUCGAGCGAAAAACGUUUUGAAAUCAGCGAGUCUGCAGUUAUUGGGUCUAAAUUUGUACUGGAGAGAGCCAUCGAUGCUGACAUUGGUGUAAAUGAUCUCCAAGGCUAUUCGCUUAAUCCAACAAACAACUUUGAAUUAAAAUUAGAAAAUCAAGCGGACGGAAGCAAAAAGGUAGAGAUGGUUCUACAGAAACCUCUAGAUCGAGAAUACCAGGAUCAGAUAUCAUUAUUAUUAACUGCUUUAGAUGGUGGACAGCCGCGUAUGUCAGGUACAAUGCAGAUAACUGUGAACGUGUUGGAUGCAAAUGACAAUGCACCUGUUUUCACAAAAUCCGUAUACAAGUCAACAUUAACCGAGAAUUCCCCAAGGGGAACCAAUAUUAUAACAGUCAGUGCAUCUGACAAAGAUGGAGGCUCAAAUGGAGAAAUAACAUACGCUAUUUCUAAUAGUAAGCGACGAUUAUCCGAGCAAUUUCAGAUCGAUAGAAAAACAGGAGAGGUUAUCUUGAUUGGUGAAAUAGAUUAUGAAAAAGCGAAAGUUUUCCAAAUUGAUAUCGAGGCUAUAGAUAACGGAGGACUCUCUGAUUCCAGUAAGAUACUAAUUGAUAUCACUGAUGUCAAUGACAACUGUCCGCAGUUGAAAGUACUCUCCAAAUCAGACACAAUUUUAGAAGACUCACCUGAGAAUACUGUAAUUGCUAUGCUAAGAGUAAAUGACCCUGACUUUGAGAGGAAUGGAGACGUGAAGUGUUCUAUUAAUGAUGACAUUCCAUUUAAAAUACUAAAAACAAUGAAUGAAUUUUAUAGUUUACUUACGGAGGUAGCUUUGGAUAGAGAGGUCGCCUCCCAAUAUAACAUAACUGUGACCUGUUCUGAUGAGGGAGUGCCCUCCCUCUCCAGCAGCGUCACUCUCACCUUACAGAUCUCUGAUGUGAAUGAUAACGCGCCUGUCUUUGAGAGGAGCUCAUAUGAGGCCUACAUUGUAGAAAACAACACACCAGGCCUCUCUAUAUUCACAGUGAAAGCACGAGAACGCUGACUGGAACCAGAAUGCCCGUG